GAGGAGGCUGACGAAACGGCGCGACAGCUUGCUAUCCAGGAGGGCAUCUUUGCUGGGGUCAGCAGUGGGGGUGCGGUCUCUGCAGCUCUGAAGAUUGCCCAGGAGGCACCCGGCCGCGUGGUGGUGUGCAUCGUCUGUGACCGCGGUGAUCGUUACUUGAGCACUGGAGUCUUUGCGCCGCCGCCUCCGCUCCACCAUAGCUGCAUCUCUGCCAACCUGGACCUAACACUGCGAAGCUACCAGCGAAAUCUCAAGGAUCAGCAUGCACCCAUCUUUGCACUUUUUACGGCACCCUGGUGCCCAGAUUGCAUGGCAGCCCUUCCCGUUGUCGAUGCGCUAUUCGCUGAGAGGGUGCGCGGCGGCUCCCUUUUGAGGUGCAUAGUCAGCAAGACACGCGAGGAGUGGAAGGACGCAUCGCACCCCUUGCGCUCCGACCCUCGCUGGCGCGAGAGACCUGAAGCAAAAGGUUUGGUUGCCGUACCUACGCUUGCGUACUUGGGCACAGCCGCGGAGCCCCUCGCGCAGCCUGUCAUCCAAGGAGGCCUCGAAGGAUUA